UCCCUCCCCCGGCGGAGCGCUGCUCCUACCUCGGCCGAGCUUCCUGGGUCGCGCGCGCUCGCUAGUUCCUUUCUGGUCUGCGCCCGGCCUCGGUGGCAGUUCCCCUCACAAGUCUACGGGCGGGAGCUGUGCUACCUGGGGCCGGACCGACCGAGGCUGCCAUCGCGCACCCGGCCUGGAGCGCCACCGCGAGCCUAUGGCUCCCGAGUGCCCGGGGCCUUUCCCCCAGGCGUGGGAAAGGAGAGCGGCUGGGUCUGCGACCCCUCCGCGGCCCUAGCUGCCGGCAUGCACCGGACGGGAGAAACCGGAGCUCACGUGCCAAGGGUGCUGGUCUGUUACCCCUUCCUUAGGCACCGAAGUAGCGAGCUAGGCUGAUUUCUCCACAGUGUGGUUCCUCACUCUGCAAUUCCUGAGAGGUUAAAGCCCUCGGGACCACACUCUCAGCCUCAUAACUGCAAAGCCACCAUCCUUUUCAGCCCCAAACUGAGGAAAAUUGAAGUGCAGUUUAAGUGUUUUGGAAAUAUUUGAUCCGGAUAACGGGCUAUUUAUACGAAAGUACUGAGUUUUAAGAAAUGGUUUGGAGACGAGUUGAAGCGAGGAGGGAACUCUUAACUACAAAAAGUUGUUUAAGUGCUUCCCUUUGGCCGGGUGUGGUGACACAUGCCUGUAACCCCAGCACUCAGGAAGCAGAGGAAUGAUGAUGACUGCAAGCUGGAGGCCAGCCUUGUCUCUGUGGUGAACCCCAAGGCAGCCAGGGGGUCCAUAGAAGCACCCUAUCUCAAAAGAACUUUCAAAAUGUUUCCUUUUAGACACAUGUAAGGAAGCUGUUAGACCACAGAGGACUGGUUUAGCCCUACACUGUAGCCGGUACACUUCGCGGAGGCUUCGAACAGCACAGCACAGCACGUUCGCAGGCCCCGUGUGAGACGCAAAUCUCAAACCACAGCGCACUUAACCGCGGAACGCAAUUUCAGCGGGUGCAGUUUCCACGCAGGAGCCUGAACCAGCGGUAGCCUUCCUUACUGCGCAGGCGCGGUGCCACUUACCCAGCAUGGAAGUAGCGGGUCUCCUGUGUGUGGCUGUGGCUCUCCUGACAUGGUGCUUCCUCCGGGUUUGGGACUCCGCAGAACGAAGGAUAUCUCGGGAGCAGGCCGGCCUGCUGGGAGCCGGAAGCCGAGCCCUGCUGGUGAUUGCGCACCCCGACGACGAAGCCAUGUUCUUUGCUCCCACGUUGCUAGGCUUGGCCCGUCUGAAGCAGCGGGUGUCCUUGCUCUGCUUCUCCUCAGGAAAUUACUACAAUCAAGGAGAGAUUCGUAAGAAAGAACUUUUGCAAAGCUGUGAUGUUUUGGGGAUUCCACAGUCCUGUGUAAUGAUUAUUGACAACAGGGAUUUCCCAGAUGACCCAGGAGUGCAGUGGGACACAGAGCGUGUGGCCAGCACCCUCCUCCAACAUAUAGAUGUCAAUGGCAUCAACCUGGUGGUAACUUUUGAUGCACGGGGAGUCAGUGGUCACAGCAAUCACAUUGCUUUGUACACAGCCGUGAGGGCACUGCACUCAGAACGGAAGUUGCCUAAAGGGUGUUCAGUCCUCAUGCUUCAGUCUGUGAAUGUGCUGCGGAAGUAUCUCUCCCUCCUGGAUCUGCCCUGGUCUCUGCUGUAUCCUCAGGAUGUCCUCUUUGUGCUCACCAGGAAAGAAGUGGCACAGGCGAAGAAAGCCAUGUUCUGCCACUACAGCCAGCUCCUGUGGUUCCGCCACCUCUACAUUCUGUUCUCCAGGUACAUGAGAAUCAACUCACUGCGGUUCCUCUGAAACCUUGAAGAGUUUUCAGAUCUUCAGAACAAAAGGGAGAAAUAAACCAAGAAGUCCAAGGGCCUGACCUGGAGCUGGCUUGUCUCCUAGACCCAGAGAAGUCCCAGCAAAACAGCCUCUGCAGAAGAGGGGCCACCUAGGGAAAGGACCACCCAAACUCUGCUUCCUCCUCAGGGGGAAGAAGCACUAAAGAGCCAAAAAUAAACAGUUCAAUAAUA